UUUUCCUGUCGUGUUUUACACAUAACAUUUUUAAAAUUACUGUCAUGAAAUAAAUUAAUAGUACCAAAAAAUGAGUCAACAAAAAGUGGGUUCGCCUCGGGCACCAUCAAAGACGAGUGUAGCUAGUGAUAAAAACUUAAUUGACGAAGACGAAAGUACGAAACCAGAUUUUAUUUACGGUGGUCCCUUUAUUAAAAUUGAAAAACCUAGUCCGUUUAUAAAUACAACAACACCAAUAAAUAUACCGUUGCAAGGAACUUUUAAGAAGAGUUUCGCGUAUUAUUCUCUAAGAGAUCGAUUGCCUGUGAUAUUGACCAAAGUUAUAGAUUAUUUAUCGAGAGAAGGUUCUAAAAUAAAAUCAGCGCAUGGUGCGAGCGAUGACGACAUACGAGGGUUGAUACAAUACGUAACAAAGUUAAAAAACGACCUUGUUACAAAUAAAAAAUAUGAUUUAUUAACUGUUGACACCCCUGAAGCUAAAAGAUGGAACCAAUGGAUAGAAAACUGUGACAGUCAGCAUUAUUUUACAAAUACAUGGGUGUUUACUGAAUGUUACGUUUAUAGAAGAUUGAGAGAAGGUUGUGAGUUAAGCAAAGGAUUAAAAAAUUUCGAUCCAUUCGAUGAGCAGAAGUUGAAAGCGUUCCAAAACAGUUUAGAGCCGAUGUGUGUGGUGGCUGACAAACUUGUCACCAUGCUGCCUCCCAGUGACAAGGAUAAACGGAAAGCUGAUUUCAUAACCUUGUUAAAGAUUUGUCUAUGGUCGAACAAAUGCGAUCUGUCAUUGUCUAUGGGCGAGCAGGUGUCAUUGAAGUCAUCUGAUGGCAAGGAAAGGUCCGCCAGUGUCGUUUCUCUGUCUAUUUUGGAUCCAUUCAAAAUGAUAUUGGAUUUAAAAGAUAAAGUAUUAGUGGACGAUUCCGCUAAGAUAUGCGAUCAAGUUAUAGCGAAAACAGAGGCGAUGGCGAAAGCUAUUGCUGCGAAUACGACAUUUAAGUUUCAAUGCAGUUGUCACCGACUGGCAACACAGUUUGGUAUACCGAGGUGUCCUGAUAAGGAAGCGGACCCCGCAGCGAAGUCUGAAGCGAAGUUUGAAGUGGAUGGUGAGACGGCAGAGGAACCCCCCAAGAUCCCCUGCCCCGCCAAGAUGGUGUUACCUGAAGUUGUUACCUUUGAUAUAGUUUGCGAUAAUUCUGGUUAUGAAUUAUUUUCGGAUUUGUGUUUUGCUCACUUUUUAAUAUCACAGGAGAUUGUUAAAAAGGUUCGAUUCCAUGUUAAAAAGAUUCCAUGGUUUGUGUCUGAUGUCACUCCGGUUGAUUUUAAAAAAACUUUAGAAAUGUGUACAAACGCUAAUUACAGUAGAGAAGUACCACAAGAAGCUCCGGCAGAUUCUGGUGAGGGUGUGGGCGCGGCAGAGCCCCCGCCGCCGCUGACUGUGAGUGCGGACAACUUGCGUCAACUCGGCACUCAGUGGAUGCAGUUCUUUCAAGAUGGCACCUUUGUUGUUAUGUGCGACGAUUUCUGGACAUCUCCGAUAAUGUACAAGGAUAUGAAGAUGCAGGAGUUCCAGUUGUACCGCAAGUUGCAGCUCACAGCCGCCAUUUUGUUCAAAGGAGAUCUCAACUACCGCAAACUGUUGGCGGAGAGGAACUGUGUGCCCACACUCAGCUUUGAGCAAGCGCUGCAAGGUUUCAAUCCCGCACCAAUAAUAGCAUUACGUACAGUGAAGGCGGAUUUAAUCUGCGGCCUGCCCAAAGGAAAGUUUGAACAAUUGAACAAAAUCGAUGAGAAAUGGAUGGAAAAAGGAGAUUAUGGGGUGAUACAAUACAGCGGUAAAGUGGAGCCUCUAAAGCCUUCAGACAGACCUUGUCCUGACUACGGUGAAGAAUGUCGCGGUGUCAUUUGUCCCGCGCAACCAACUGACAUUGUCACUUAACAUUUUAUAUAUACAAUUGCGAACUCAUUUUUUGUUGCUAUCAAGAUCGGUCCUC